AUGUUGUUUGUCUGGACACUUUUGAACUUGUUCUCCUUCUGGUUUGCGGCUGGGCUCAGCGUCUUCUACUGCAUGAAGAUCGCCACCUUCGCCCACCCACUCUUCCUCUGGCUGCAGCAAAAGACCUUCGGGGCUGAACACACCCUGUUUGGCUGCUCAUUAAAUCUGCUCACUUGUGCGGAGCUCAGGGAGCCGAAGGGGAGCGGGACUGGUGCCGGGGAUAUGGCGGCCCCACUGAUGGUCUUCUUUUUCAGCCUUUACCUGCUGGAGAUGUUGGUGGGGAUCCUGGGAGACGGAUUCAUCGUGGGGCUGUUGGGCAGCAAGUUGGUCCGACGCAGGAAGCUGCCUCCGUGCGACAUGAUCGUGGCCAGUCUGGGAGCCUCCAGGUUCCUUCUGCUGUGGAUAUCAAUGCUGAUAGGAAUCUCGUUCAUGGUCUUCCCCAAAUCUUAUUCCUCCUCCAUUCUCUUUUCCUUCUUCAGGUCCAUAUGGAUCCUUCUGACCUCUGUCUCCUUCUGGUUUGCUGCCAAACUCAGCCUCUUCUACUGCGUCAAAAUCGCCACCUUCACCCACCCCCUCUUCUUCUGGCUGAAGCAAAAGAUAUUGUGUUUGGUGCCCAGGCUCCUAAUGGGCUCCAUGUUGGCUUCCUGUGUCUCUGCUCUCCCCUUAAUCAUCCACUGUGACACUAAUGCCACUUGGAGGAAUGGCUCAGGGAACGACACUGAGGCUAAAGAGCAGAUCUUCUCUUUAUACUAUGUCCUGCCUAUGAUGUUUAUCAUGCUGGGUGUCCCAUUCCUCCUGCUCUUCACUUCCUCCGUCCUGCUGACCAUCUCCCUCCGGAGACACCUGCGAGCCAUCCAGCACCACGGCCCCGGCUUGCAGGACUGCAGCACCAAGGCUCACACCCGCACACUCGCAGUGUUGGCCUCCUUCCUCUUCCUCUACGUUUGGCACUUCGUCUCUCUGAUCUGCAUCGCGACUGUAAUCGCUGAGAGGAACAUGUCCUGGGUGUUGCUAACCCAGAUGGUGACUUUCUUGGGGCUGAUGUGCCACCCGUUCCUGCUGAUCUGGAGCAACCCCAAAAUGCGGGGAGUCUUGGAGAGAGGGCUGCAGCGAGUCCUGACCUUUCUGACCAUACGUGGUGAAAAUUUCCUCAUCGCCCUCGUUCCCUCUCCAGCAACUCAGCAAGCCAAGGUUUAG